GUUUUACCCCAUUUCUCACAGGGAAGAUUGUGCACUUUGACCCAAAGGAUAUCCUGUGCUUUCUCAGCAGUUGGAGCGCUCGCGCUCCAAAGCCAACACAAGACAAAAGAUCUUUACAGGUUGAGGCAUCUUUAUCGAGAUAAAAGGAGAUUUAAGCGUUUUACAAAGCAGACAGAAGACAUACUGGAUUCAUUAACUUGCAGGCUCGACUAUGAUGGAAGAAGUAAAAGAAGUGACAUCUACUCUGAGUGUCCAUGGUCAUAACAUCAAGGUGACGGAAGUGUUGAAAGAUGGGGACACACUUACUUUCCUCAUUGUAUCUCAAAAGCUGUCUGGGACGGGCGAGCACCAUGUGGACCGGACCUAUGACGACUUUGAAUGGCUGCAGCAGCUGCUGUUCUCUCAGGAGGAUGAGCCCGGGAUACAGGGCGUCAUAUUUCCUUCACUCCCUGCAAAGGCUUCAGCGAAUCCCUCGGCCAAGGUUAUGAAACAGCUGGGUUUCCUCGGUUUAGGAGAGUGGCAGCUAUACUGUAAAGUGCUGGAACGCUACCUCCGGCAGGUUGCUGCACACAGCAUACUCAGCAAAAAUAAAGCUGUGGAGAUCUUCCUGACGAGCUCAGAACCUCCAGGAAGACAGAGAGCGAGGAAAAACCUUUUCAACCGUCUGAGUCAAGCUGUGGAAGAACGGAGGAAAGAAGGCUACAAGGAUGUGGAUGAAUUCUUUCAAACUGAACGCAAUCAUAACCUUGUUCUGACCUGCUAUGCCAAGACUGCAGCUGAGAGAUUCCUCGAUGUGGUGCAAUCUGAGCAAAAAAUAGCAGUGGCCUGUGCACACUUCUCAGCUUCUCUGCAUCUCUGUGUGGAACCAGGGGAGGAUCCUGACAAACAGGCUUUCUCCAAGGCUUGUGUACAAUUAUCAGAAGUCUUUGAUUCUAUAAAGAAAAAUAUGACAAGUGUUGCUGAGAACGACAUGAACACUCUUGGGCUAGGCCUGGACCUUGAGUCACGCUGCCAGGAGGCAGAAAAGGAGAUGCUCUUCAGGAGAACCUGUAAACUGGUGGAGUUGGAGGCUGCCAGAAGGAAUGCAGAGAAGGCCAAACCCUUAAAGAAGGCCGCUAUGGAGGAGGCAAAGAAAACGGCCGAGAUAGAGUUCAAUGACAUUUGUGUGGUGGCUAAACAGGAGGUUCAUCGGUUCCGGGCUGCACGUGUGAAGAUGCUGCAGCAUACUCUGGUUCAGUGGUGUGAGAAGCAGCUUCUUACAGCCAAAGAAAGUGCUGACCAGUUUAACCAGCAACUGCAAGCCUUCAGGGGGAUUGCUCCGUGAACUCACUUUUAAUGAAGCAUCCUCAGCAUGUCUAAACAUACAGUGUAACACACUGUUGUAAUGGGGCUUGGUGCUUCAGUGGAUUCAUUACAACCAGUGUCCAUAGGGACAUGUAAAAAACGGAAAUCUUAUUUACGGUAUAAUCAAACAAGCCUAUAAUCUGAGCACUCCUUCACUCUCUCUUCAAUCCCACUCCAGCAAUAAAGCCAUGUAGAAUGAUGGUAUUGUAUUCUCCGCUCAUGCAUUUGUGCUGAGAGGGUAUUGUGUUGCUUUCCAGCCAACACACUAGCCAGGGUCACUCAAAAUAAAGUGUGAUGAAUUGAUCCCCA